AUGGUGGAGUUUGAAAAACCGGCAAUAUUGAAAUUGGACGGAGAUGUGGAGGCAAAUUUUGAAUUAUUUCAACAAGAAGUUGAGAUAUUCUUCACAGCAACAGAAACUACUAAAAAAUCGAAAGAAACUCAAGUAGCUAGACUUUUGAACAUAAUGGGUGCAGAAGCAAGGAAAAUAUAUUUCCAAAUAAAAGAUGACAUACCAGAAAAAUCAGUUAGUGCAAUAUUGGACGCAUUAAAAGUAAGGUGUAUACCAAAAAGAAAUUUGGUAAUGUCUCAAUUCAAAUUCUUCCAAAGAAAACAAAACCCGUCAGAGCAAUUUUACACAGAUCUAAAAGAAUUAAUAAAACAUUGUCAGUUAAAAGAUGCUGAAAAACAGUUAUUAUGUACUCAAAUUGUAUUGGGUAUUCAAAAUAAAGAAUCUCAGCAAAAGCUGCUUGAAAAGAACAUGGAUUUGGAGCAAACUGUUCAGUUCUGUCAGUCCGUUGAAUUAUCGGAGAAAAGCAGGCAAGAGAUCGAAUCAACAUCAGUAGCAUUUUUUAAAACGGUUAAUAUUACAAUGGAAAAUUACGUUACAGUAUAA